UUCCGACCCUCAUUAUUAUUAUCCCUAAUUAUGCCAGGCAGGAAAUGAAGAAGAAGCGUGUUUCUCCAAUUCCUGCGACCAUCAAUAAACAACAUCAAUUGCGCUACCGAGUAGGAGAAGGAAAUCGUCUUCAACCAUGGAAUUCGAAGUUUGAUCAUCCACUGUUCAGACGCGGAGGCAGAUUCAUCCAUCGAUCCCUACCCCGCUCCGUCUCAGAUCUCCGCCCCUCUCCCCCCCAAGGCCAUGCGCCAGCGGAAAACUCCGGCGACACCACAACAACUGCAAGCUGAAACCGCCGCCGAUCCACCUCGCUACCGUGGGGUCAGGAAGCGUCCAUGGGGUCGGUUCGCCGCAGAGAUAAGGGAUCCGGCCAAGAAGGCCCGCGUGUGGCUCGGCACCUUCAACACCGCGGAGGAAGCCGCCCGCGCGUACGACGACGCCGCCCGCACCUUCCACGGCCAUAAAGCCAGAACCAAUUUCAGCUUCGCCGAUCAUGGCCGCCACGAUAACAAUAUUAAUAAUAACAAUAACCAUAGCCGCGGCAAGAUGAUUGUUCCGCUUCCGCCCGAGAAUCACUUCCAAGGCUUUCCGUAUUCCAGGCCGGCCAGCAGUAGUCUGAGCAGCACAGUGGAGUCGUCUAGUGGGCCCCAUCCUCCCUCUGUUCCUGCUGCACAGCAACCGCGUCCAAAGCUUCCUCCGCUAGACGAUUGCCGGAGCGAUUGCGAUUCUUCUUCAACGGUGGUAGACGAUGAAGAUCAAGACCAGACCACGUCAUCGCUUUUUACCAAAAAGCUCCUGCCCUUUGAUCUCAACCUGCCCCCUCCCUCCCCCGAUCACCUCAUUGCCAACGAGUUAAAGGUCACCGCCCUGCGCCUCUGAUUGAGCACCAUGAAUCGGUGAUGGUAUCCCUAAUUUAUAUAUUAUUACAUACAUAUAAUAAUAUUUUAUAAACAUUCGCCGAAAAAGUUGUUCCCAUUCGCAUCUUCCAGAAUUUUCCACUUUUCUUUUUAAAUUUUUAUUUUUCCACUGCUUAUUUAGACUGGGUGUAGUGUAGAUUUAGUAAUGGAACAUGAAUGUGAAAUGGGUACGAUCUUGUAUCAAGGAAGAUUUGUUUCUACAUAACAUUAUAAUUUAUAUAUGUAUUCUGAUGUACACUUAAAUCUUACCAACGCAUUAUGCAUAUAUUUUCUGGCUAUUCCUACCAUUUUCAGUCAAUUAUUUUCCUAUAUGACUAAAAAAAACUGCUGAAAAAGAGCUCAUUUAGCAAAACAAGCAAACAAGGAACACAAAGGUAGGUGCGGCUAGGUGAGCAUAAUAUACAGGUGCAACUGCAUAAAGAAAGCAAAUGAGAUAUAAAUAGAUUGCCGGACUCUUGUUUUUCUGGUUAAAUCAAUGGCUAGAAUGCUAGAUGUUCUUCCACUUCCAAAGUAGUUGUACCUAUUGAGGUGGCUAUAGUGCUCCUUUGGUGCCUGAAAGUUUUGAAGCAGAUAAUGGCCUUGUGAGUAAGGUGCAGCACAUGCUGGGAGGAAAGAAAGACAUGUACUGGAGAGGGGGCGGGUCAGGAAGCAGCUUAAAUGCAACACAGAGAAUGUACAAGGCUUUGCAAGUCAUCAGGAGAGAAGCCAAUCUCAUCACACAAGUACACAACUGACACAAGACAUGGUAAUGUGCAGGUUGAGUUGUCCCCUGUUGGAGAUAAAGACAUAUUUUCAUCCAGUCAGUCUGUAUUUUCCCCAGUUAGACUCAGUUUGUUUCAAGGAAAAUGUCGUCUUAGAAGGUGUUUUUUCCUACUUUCCAGUGGGGAAAAUGACAUCGCUUUUUAACCAUGUUUUAAAGCAGAGGGUCAUUUUUCUCAAAUUUUAUAUGGUUUCUGUUUUCAUGACUCAAAUACUAUGUUAUAUACUCUGUCUUGACGUUAUUUCCAAUCUUUGUUUUAUGA